AUGGAUCAACUAAGCGGAAGUGCUUUUGAAUGCAAGAUAGAGAAAGAAGACAUUUCUGAGCUUGCUAGAAGUGUUUCCAGGCUUUUAAGCAGAAGUGAGGAUGCCGAGAAGAUGAUUGCAGAGUAUUUAUGCGUUCAAAAAGUGGGCAGUCUGUAUAUAUACUUCCCCUCGUUGGGAGGGAAGGACCCGGGAGACAACCUAUCUGCUGAGCACCAAAUAAACAGGUUCUGGAAGAUUAGGUUUGAGCUUCAUGAGGAGUGCAACGAGUCGAAAUAUAGAGAUGCUGUAAAUAGCUUUCUAGCACUGGACUCCAAGUAUGGAAUAUUGGAGAAACUGGAAGGGCAAAUGGCCUUGAUCAACGAAGUUAGAGGAAUCUACAGCAUAACUUGCCAAGGAUCGCCUAGGAAGACAAAGAUAAGAGAGUACAAAUUACAUGGAGCGUUAUGCCUCCAUCCAAGGAUGGGAAGUAUUAGGCACUGUACCUCUCUGUUCAAUCCAGAUACAGUAGUAAAGGAAAUGAUUCUUCGAGAGAUCAAGAUAUUUCCCUCAUCUACAUUUCCAAUUCUUGUUCCUUUGAAUACAGAUAAAGGCAUCUCCAGGAUCAUAUACAAGAAGGGAGACGACCUGACAAAGGAUCUGUUUGUUCUUGAGACUAUAAGAUACAUAUCGGAGUUGGUGGAGAUGGAUCUGGUAGCAUACAAGGUGAUUCCAUUGAGCAGAGAAGAAGGGAUUGUGGAAGUUGUGGACGGGGUAGACUUUACUCAAAUAAAGGGGAGAGAAGACUUAGAAAGGUAUAUUGAAGGAGAAAAUGACCCAAGAUGGAUGCAGAAUGCUCAGAAGAAAAGAACAUUUGUAGAUACUCUCUGUGGAUACUCGGUUGCUUGCUAUAUGAUGGGGGUUGGAGAUAGAAAUCCAGGGAAUAUGAUGGUAUCGAGGGAUGGAAGAUUUUUUCAUGUGGAUUUUAGCUAUGUGUUUGGGAAUGAUCCAAAGCUCAUCUCUCCAAGGAUAACAAUUGCCAGGCCCAUAUGCGACUAUCUAGUAAACGACGAACUUAUCUACCAGGAUUUUAUUAUAAAGUCAGGGGAGGUGUUUCUCCAGAUAAGGAGGUCCUGCCAAAAGAUCUUUGUUCUAUGGUGUGUAUUGCUCCAGAACAAAAUCUUCCGGUUUGACUUAGAAGAGAUUAUUACAUUUGCAAGAGGAAGAUUGAAGAUGGAGGUAACCGAGCAAAGGGCGUUAGAACUCUUUGAAAGGGAGGUUAAGGACGCAGUAGGGAGCUUUAAAACAUCUAUAAUGCAUCUUGUGAAUAGAGUGGGAAUGUUCUUGAGAAGAUAG